CCGGAAGUCACUUUAGCCCAAUGACGGUUGCCAAUUGCAAUGUGCAAAUUGCAAACACUGGCGCCAUGUCCACCGCCAAGAAACGAGUGGCUCUGACCACAGCGGAGAAGGCAGCAGUGGUGCAUGAGAAGGGCAGAGAUGCAUCGCUGACUCGAGAGCAACUCAUCGAGUUCUGCAGUGCAAAGUUUGGCAAGCGUCCGUCGCCAGCAUGCAUCACAAACAUCCUCAAGGAUCCAAAACGCUGGGAGGAAGCAGCAAGUGAUCCUUACACAGCAAAGCGUGCCAAGCUUCGACCGAGCCCAGUUGCAGGUCUCGAAGCAGCUUUGGCCGCCUGGGUUGAGCAGAAGCAGGCUCAAAACUUCCCGCUGACAGACGAAACACUGCUGGCAAAAGCGCAUGCCAUUGGGCAGCACAUAUCUCUACCAGACCAUUUCAACUUCAGCCACUCAUGGCUGCUUCGAUUCAAACAUCGUCAUGGCAUUUGUAAGCGCAAGCUAUACGGAGAGGCGGCAAGCGCGGACAUGGAUGGCGUUGCGCUUGCACGUGAGGCGCUGCCCAGACUCCUCGAGCACGUUUCCCGUGAUGACCUGUACAACUUGGACGAGACAGCUCUGUAUUACAGACAGCUCCCAACCCGCACUCUUGCAUCUCACCAACGUGCGGGAGCGGUCACGAACAAGCAGCGACUGACCGUUGCUCUGUGCUGCAAUGCUUCUGGUACUGACAAGCUACCGUUGUACGUGAUUGGCAAGGCAGCGCGCCCUCGCUGUUUUCCAAAAGGCUGGCGGCCAUUGCGUGAUUCCGGUGUUCACUACGACUACAACAGCAGCGCUUGGAUGACCUCCACAAUCUUCAACAACUUCCUCAAAGACUUCACCCACCAUGUCCAGCGGCCUGUGUGGCUGAUCGUUGACAAUGCUCGCUCCCACAGCAUUGACGAUGGCACACCAGGCACAUGGUUUGGCUUGAAGGGUGUCAGUAUCGGAACGGUGAACGUGGUCUUCCUUCCGCCCAACACGACGUCCCAUGUGCAGCCCUUGGAUGCUGGCAUCAUUCGCUCCUUCAAAGCGAAAUACCGAGUGCGUCACCUUACCUGGCUGUCAAAGGAGCUCGAGGACACCACCGCCACGGCUGCACGGCUGCAUGUGCCCCUCGACGUUGCGUUUGACUGGUGCCAGAAUGCUUGGAAGGACGUCAGUGUUGACACCAUCCGCCAUUGCUGGGAUCACGCCGACAUUCUCCCUGGAGACGACCACAUCGACGAGCUGAACGCACUGCUAAAACCGCUCGCUUUUGACUCGCGCUUCGGCAAGGAGACCCCAACUGCCGAGGCUUUGCUGAGCUUACCGGUGGAAAAUGUUACCGAGGUACCAUAUGAGCUUGGUGAUCUGCAAGCCAUGGCUGAUCACCUUGAGGGUUCUGACGGACGGGAGGCUGGGCAUGUCGGCACGUGUGAUGUGGGUGAUGACGGGGACCACAACAGUGGUAUGGGUGGUGUGGGUGGAAUCGACGACAACGACGAAGGGGACGAUGGGGAGGGUGAUGUGAUUUGUCUUGACGACGUGCCAUCAUCGUCACAGCGCCCGGCAGUCCCGAAAGUGAACGCACCCCCACCAACGCUUAAGCAAGCAAGAGAGGCGGCCACUCUACUUCGCCGCUUCAUUACAUUCCACCCGCACAAGCUCGCCAACUAUCGUGACUCUUUGGUUUCCCUUCGUUCGGCCCUUGACUUUAUUGUGAUGCCUCAAACACAGCUUACUCUUCAUGGGUUUCUCACUGUUGACCCUUCUGUCGAUGGGUCUGCACAGUAAACCGUCUUCCUGGC